UAAAGUUGUUUUCCAAAAUAAUUGCUUGGUAAUAGCGCUUUUUUUCUAGUGAUAGUAAGUUGAAAAGUAAAUACGAAAAUAGUUCAGCGGUUUAGAAAAAUAAACAUAAAGAAAAUAUAAUGCAGAGCAUUCACCGACAGCUCAGCUGGCUAGAAUUUCAAACUCCCGGUACCCGAAAAUAGACAUGAAAGGUUUAAAUUGCUAGAUAAAGCCUGUAUGGAACCCAUAACAUGAGCACAUGACAUUACGACUGCCAUUUUCAAAUAUUUUUUUAAGUUUUAAGUCGUGUGCAGGGGAUAAUCAACCCUGUGUUAAUAAAGACAAAGAAGACGGAGUACUAGUUUGGAAGGAACAGUCUUCCCAGAAAGAUGGCGAGCUGCAAGUGCUUUGCGUGGGGAGUAACCAGGCAACAGGAAUUGCAGAUUGCAAACGCGGCAGCAGAAGGUGCAACUUUCGCAUUUCGAGAGUACCCACAAAAACCAGGAAGGCUUUGGAUUAAGGGCCACCAGGGGACAAACACUCGUACAGACUUAUGUUCAUGUUAACCAGCAAGUGCGGUUUAAAGAGCUAUGAAAGAAACGGGGCUUAGUGCUUUCUCGGGGAUUCGCCACCCGCCAUAAACCAGACUGGUAGUCUUCUGAGGAGGGAGCUAAAAAUCCAACUUUGUUUUCCGCCCUUGGCGCGCUCUUUUGCUUUGGGAGUGCACCCCAGUAAAAUGUCAGCAUUUCUUUGUACACCUGGACCCUUAUAUUUCUAUGAUCAGCCAAAAGGUGCUACGCAGAUAACAAAACGUACUCGAAAAGUAAUUGAAGGACUGCCCCUUGAAUUCAGAUACUUGAGUGUCAACCCUCGAGUCACAGCUGCUGUUAGUAGCCUUGGUAAACACAAAAAGCUGACUUCUGAGCGAGUGUCUGUAGAAGGUGCUGAAGAUACAAGUAAAAAUGGUGCCACUACAAAAGUGAAAAAUGUGACUGCUCCUGGAGUAACUCUCACAUCAUCCUUGCUUCAGAAUGAAGAGGAAGGUGCCAUUGAGGAUCAACCAAAGCCUUUGGAGGCUCUGUUUGCUGUCCCACCAGAUGAAGAUAUUCAUAUGACACCAUUUGAAGAAUACAAGUGUGCUGCUCCAGCUUUACUAAAUGACGUCCACGCAGUGUUGGAGCAGUUUGCAGACUCUUCUGGGAUUUUUCCACAAGGCCUUAAAAGUGUUUUGAACUGUGGUUGGGCAGAGCUCAUACAAGGAGCAGAUAAUGCCAAAAAGCCUGUGAACUCACAAUCUUGUAAGAGCACAAAGCAUCACAGAGCUUCGGUUUCUGUGGAUUCGGACAAGCUGCUAGCGUUGACUGAUGGGAUUGUGGAACAGAGCACAAAAGGAAAAAGUAAAAACAAAAGAAGAGUCACACUGGUAGACAAUCUUGCUGAUAAAGGACGUCAGGAUCAAGAUAAUACUCAGAGUAAGCCUUCUGGCACUACUGGAAGUACAAAAGAGAAAGCUCCACUGCCACAAUCACAAGUUUCCUAUUUACCAUACACCAUAAAUUUCUCCAUAUCCAGGACAAGAGAAGAAAAUGACUGGAUUAUCCAACAGGAAGGUGCUUCACUGGAUGACCCUGAGUGGAAAGCAGUCUGUAGCUGGGUAGUGGAAAGACUUCGAGUUGCACGGAUACAAAUAAAAGACCAGGAGUCAAAACUAAAACAAGAGGGCUUUGACAAGCCACUCAUUCUCCGUCACUAUGAAGAUGCUAGAAAAGAAAUCCAUUCUAAGUACAAGAAGCAGGCUUUAAAGGUUCCGCCUCCAGUGCUAAUCAGUGGGAAACCCCGCAUUCCAGAAAUAAAGCAAGAAGAUGUCUCCCUGCCAAAGCUACACUACUCACUCCCGGAUGGCUCAUCACUGAUACAUUAUCGUUCUGGACAGCUGGCUGUUUGCCAAAGCCAUUCUGGUCUCCCUUGUGGUGGAUUCUACACAAAUGUAUUUGGUGACUUGCCCGAACAAUCUAUAUUGGCAACCUUUACACCAUUUCUAUAUGGAACUGUUAACUUUCCUAAAAGCAAUAUCCUAGCACUAAUGUUUGAUCAAGAAGGAGGAGUGAUGUUUGAUGAAGAUGGAAAUAUAAUUAGAGAGUGGAAGUGGCAGCUAACUGGAAAAUUCACUGAGCCAGUCAUAAUGCAGGUAAAUGAGUUUAUCACAUUAAGGAUUGCUGGACAGUUUGCCAUGAGUUUGACCUACAAAUGUCACCAUGAAAGAGUACGGUUAUCUGUGUCACCCAUAGCAGAUGUUUCUUCACAAUCUAUUGAAAUGGGACAAAUACUGUCAGAUCAAAAGUUUUCCUCCAAAGCAGCAAGAGAACUAACUAAGGAAAAUUUGAAAAAAAUAAACGAGAAGGAAGCAAAGAAGAAAUUCUUUAUGAAAAAAAACGAAUCAGCAAAAUUCCUUGAUCAGAAAUCAGAGCUGAUGAAAUCUUUACCUGAUUUUCCAGAAGAUGAUGCGUACCAUAUCACAGAUUUAGAAACAAGUUCAGUACUGAGAAAAAUACGAAUAAAAAUAAAUAACAUUAUUGAUGACUGGAUGGAACACUACCGCAUUGCCACUGGAAUUGGUUCUUCCCACAUCCGAAGCAUGUCUAUAAGUCCAACAAGCUUAGUGAAACGCAAAAUACAGUCAGCAGUAGCUCAUGCAGUGUCUCCUGUAGCUGAAGAGGAGAAGGAUGAAGAUGCAAUGUGUACUGCUACACCUCCAAACUUUAAAGACCACAUCCUGCUUCACCGCUUUCAGUCAGCACCACCACGCAACAGUCAGUGGGAUCCACCAAGAAGUUCACGCUCUUUGAGGGUCUUAUCUUCGAGAAGUUAUGGUAUCAAGCAAGAUCAACUCCAUAUUUCCGAAUCAAGCAAGACCAAGCAUACAGUUGAACCAGGGAGACCUCUGAAAUCAGGGACAUUUGUUACAGAGAGUGCAGUGGAGCCCAAGACUGCAUUUCCUGUCAGAAGUGGAAAUGAAAAUGAUAAGCCAUGGCUGUCUUGUUAUAAUUCAUGUCCUGUUGCCCUACGACUAGCAAUGUUAGGUAAAGAAAAGCGGAGAUGCCGAUGCAGCAGUCACCAGAUCCCACAUUUGACAGACUUGGAGUAUGAUAACUUUAUCAGCAGUCAGAUGCCUGGGCUGGAACAGAUUAUUGUAGUCUGUGUGGUAUCCUCAACUGGUCCUGAAGCUGGCCUCCGAGAGGAGGAGUUACAACAACUGUAUGCCAAGAAAAACAAAAACAGAAGCAUGCCUUGCAUGCAGAGCCGCCUGGACUCCUUUCGUCUGCUUAAGUAUGAUAUUGCCACAGCUGAUGAGCACACAGGUCAGAAGGGCUCCUUACUGGUGCGGAGACAUAACGUUGCUCCUGGCAUGUUUCUGAUGUACAUUCAAGGCAAACUUCUGUUUGCUGACUAUAUCUUUAAUGGCUAUAGCAAAUCUGUGAAAGACCUCCAGAAGCAGAUUGCAAAAACUCGUGGAGAUUAUUGUAUGGGUCAUUGCCUUCCCAGCAAUUUUCGGUUCAGCCCACCCAGUACUGUUUCCAAAGACUGUUUUCCGGCGUGCACAAGCAGAACAGAAAAUGAAGUACUAGGCUGCUGUGAGCAUCUUCCAUAUUGUCAGUCCAGAGGAACACUUCAAGUUAAGGAAGGCCUAAAUCACACUAAUGGCAGGUGUACAUCUGUUCAAGAUUUUCUUAUAUCUGCAGUGUCCAAAAGAAGUAUCCCUCCCUGUGAAAUACACAAGAAAUCUUCUCAGUCACCAUUAAAACUGGAAACAUUGUUUACAAAUUCUAUCUCCACUCCAGAUGAACUUAGAGUGUAAUGAAUACCUUUUUGUCUGAUCUGCAUGACUUCCAGAAAGCUGUUAACCAUACACCUAACUGUGGUACGUGAAUAACAGUGCAUUUGAGUGAAGUGUUUUGCUUCACAAAUACACACACUGAAAGGAAUUGAUCUAACCAAAAGACUGGGUUUUUGGGAUAUCCUGACAGUAAAACACUGUGAAGAAAUAAUACUUCCUACAUUAAAAUUGCGUAUAAGGAGUAAGCCUGUAACUGUAAGUCUCAAGAAAAGUACACAUCUGUUUAACUUAACUCUCUGUUUGUUUAUACAUGUAGAGUUCCUGCUUGUUUUAUGGCUACAGAAGAACAUUAUUACCUUUUGGGAAUGGCACAUUUCUAAAAAAUUUCAGAUUCAGCUGCACUUAAGAAGAAAUACUAAAAAUAGAUGCAGAAUCUUUAAAUAAAAAAGUAUUGUAAAUUA